ACCAGCAUUGAAUCAAUUUCCGUUGCGGGACCGUCCAGAAUGGUUCCUUUUCCCUGCCAAGAAUCAGUGGAAACAACCAGUUCUGAAUCGAUCGUUACCACCUACAACGCACCUUUGUCGGACGAAAAUGAAUUCCUUAUACAACUUAAGGAUAAAUAUAAAGAAACAAGAGACAGCAAUGAGCGAUACAGGAUUUUAACCACACUUCCCAAAAGUUGGUCUACAUAUAGAAUUAUGAAGGAGUUCAAUGUUUCCCAACAUAUGGCCAACCAAGCAAAAGCACUGCAGCAAGAGAAAGGAAUAAUGUCGGUGCCUGUAAAGAGGUUAAGCAGAGCUUCAUUAGGAGAACCAACGAUAAUGCUUGUUCGUGAUUUUUACAAUAGUGACGAUAUAAGUCGUGUUUGUCCGGGGAAAAGAGAUUAUUUAAUAUCUAAAAAUGAUGAAGGCGAAAUCUACGUACAAAGAAGAUUAGUUUUGUGUAACUUGCAGGAGGCGUACUCCAUCUUUAAAAAUACAUAUCCUGAUAUUAAAAUAGGAUUUUCCAUGUUCGCCAGUAACCGUCCGAAACACUGCAUUUUGGCAGGGACAAGUGGCACGCAUACCGUAUGCGUUUGUAUAUAUCAUCAGAACGUUAAACUUAUUUUUAAAACACUACAAAGCAGACAAUCACUCCCAGAUGGUGUUGAUUCCUAUCACGAUUUGUUUAAAAAAAUAAUUUGUCAAAGUCCAAGUGUACAAUGCUGGCUGCAGUGUUGCAAAAAUUGUUCAGGAACGCAAAUUUUGGCCACAGAACUAAUGACUAUUCUUAGUAACGGACAUGUUGAAUCAAUACAAUUCAAACAAUGGCGUCAAGUAGAGAGAUGCAUUAUGGACUUAACGAAGAAUCUAACGAUUUGA